CAAGUUUAUGUAUUUAUGAAAUCUCGCAUAAUAUAAUUGUUUAUGGUAUAUACUUGACAAUCAUGGCGAGCACGUCGAGAAUUGAGGCGAAUAAGGUGGUGUGCUAUGCGCACCCAGAUGCGCCGCUUAUCGAGGAUUACAGGGCUGGGGACAUGAUAUGCUCGGAAUGCGGACUGGUAGUCGGCGACAGAGUCAUAGACGUUGGUUCAGAAUGGCGUACAUUCAGCAACGAGAAGUCCGGAGUCGACCCGUCUCGUGUUGGUGGGCCUGAAAACCCACUUCUAUCUGGUGGAGAUCUUUCCACCAUCAUCGGACCAGGCAGAGGAGAUGCGUCAUUUGACAGCUUUGGAGUCUCAAAAUAUCAGAACAGGCGGAACAUUAGCAGUACUGACAGAGCUUUGAUCAAUGCCUUCAGGGAAAUCAGUACUAUGGCGGACAGAAUAAACUUGCCCAAGACCAUUGUUGACAGGGCAAAUAACUUGUUCAAACAGGUACACGACGGCAAAAACUUGAAAGGGAGAGCGAAUGACGCGAUUGCAUCUGCUUGCCUCUACAUAGCGUGUCGUCAGGAGGGCGUGCCUCGUACCUUCAAAGAAAUCUGCGCCGUCAGCAAAAUCAGCAAGAAGGAGAUUGGAAGAUGUUUCAAAUUGAUUCUGAAGGCUCUGGAGACGUCUGUUGAGCUGAUCACUACAGCUGACUUCAUGUCACGUUUCUGCUCCAACCUGGGUCUGCCGAACUCCGUGCAGAGAGCGGCCACACAUAUUGCCAGGAAGGCUGGUGAACUGGAUAUUGUGUCCGGACGCAGUCCUAUUUCAGUUGCCGCUGCUGCUAUUUAUAUGGCGUCACAGGCGUCGGAAGACAAACGCAGCCAGAAGGAGAUCGGCGACAUCGCCGGCGUGGCUGACGUCACUAUCCGGCAGUCCUACAAGCUCAUGUACCCGUUCGCGUCAAAACUCUUCCCCGAAGACUUCAAGUUCUCAACCCCGAUCGAGUUCCUACCGCAAAUGUAAAGGUAUAACUCUUAAGUGUAUGAGCAUAAGGUUGAUAAUUGUAUACUUUUGUUAAGUUAACUUCGGAAGUUAUUUCCUAUAGUUAUUUUGAUGUUAUGUGAUGUCCUGCACUGUUAGAUGUUACUAUGUUCGCAAGUUAGCAGCGACCUCUGAAUACUGAACGCGGUUUUAAGUCUAUCUGUCGCUAUUUUUGAACUUGAAGUGAUAGAGAUAGCACGAGAUUUAGGGACAACUUAGAUUGAUAUCUCAGUAUUCGGCUGUAAGGUUGAUUUUUGUAUAUCAUCCACUACACAUGACGAGCAUCCAAUUUUUUCUUCAAUCACCACAGAGUAUGUUUUUCAUGAAUCUAUACUAAUUUUGUUAACUAUUUAUUAGUAGUUCGAAAGUAAAUGACUGACUCUUUUGUCACUUCUUCUCAGAAAUAAGGAAAUAUGCAUCUUAUAUCCAUCAAAGCUAUGGUAUGCAGUAAAGAUUUGAUUCGAUUUGAAAGCUAUUAUGCAUCUUCAAGUACUUCAGUGGUUCAUAAACAAUCACCUUGUUUAUACCAAUUCUGCCAUAUUUCAUUAUUCAUUUAUAAAAAUACCUGUCUUGAAAGAACUGAAAUUGUGUGAUAGAUGAUCGAUUUAUUUCAUUACAAUUAAAUUGAAAUAUAAAAUGAAUAAUAUUGUGAAUUAAGUGCGACACAUAUUAGUUAACGAAUGGAGUGUUGAGAUAGCAACCGACAAACAAAAUGACUAACAUUGUGAUUGUGUUGAUUUAUUGAACAAUAGACAGAAUUAAAUAAUAUAUUAUGUAGCAAAUUUUUUGAUAACCACUGUGAGUUUGUUAGUAUUUUUAUUAACAUUCCAUUCGUUGACUACUCUUGUUUAUUGAAACGUAUGAGAAGGUACCUGAUUUCGCUUUAUUUUUCAUUGCACAACCUUUUUAUUUUUCUGACAUUGGAAAAAAACACUUCUACUAUUAAAUUAAUCUAUAUUUUCGCGACCAAAUUAACUUUACACAACAGGGUUGUUUUUGAAAUUUCUCAAAAAAUCUAAGUAGGCUAGCAUGACUUACUGUACAAAAAUAUACCCGACUCUAUUCCUCCUAUGUGUCUUGUAUAGUGCUAUCUCGCUCUUGUAGCCUUGCACUGUCAGUGAAAUCGGGUUGACCUAGCGUUGGUGCGCGUGAACAACGUUGUAUUUUUAUAAUAAACAUAGAAAUAAGUAUUAACUUUAUUUAGGCGAAUGUUGGUUCCUGUCACUAACAAAUACUAAAAGUAAAAAAUUAAAGAAUUAUUCAAAAUAUAAUAUUCGCUAAAUAAAAUUUCUUAGUUAUUUUUUAGUCUGCACUCAUUUUUCUUAUCUUAUUAAUGUUUCCUUUGUUGAACGAAUUCAAUUCAACACUACAGAAUCACUUGUUUUGAUAUUUCAAAAUUAUGAGCUAUGAUCAAUCUAUUAUAAAACCUAUUCCAACCCCUUUACAAUCCAUAUUUAUUUAACCUCAGUCCCGUAGAAGUAACAUCCAUCUUGCUAAAGCGACUUAAAAGCAAUAACUUCUCGAUAUUUCUGUUUAAACCUCAAGUCCACUAAUACCCAUUUCGUUGGAUCAUCACAUAAAAAAUAUGCUUUAAAAAACAAUUUUCAAAAUCGGUUCAGUUCCUUAGAUUAUCCCCUACAAGUCACAAACAACUCUUUAUAAUAUUACUAGAUCGCCAAGUUAACGCUGAUGUUUCGCUUUUGCAAAUUCGAUAAUACCCCUGUAUUUAGGGUAUAACAAGCUGUCAGUUAGGUGACAGGACUCAUGUGAUUUAUAAGUAUCAUUAUGAUGUAGGUGACAGUUAUAUUUAUAUACUUUGGAUGUAUAGCUAUGCUUAGACGUACACUGAUUCAUUUUCAACUGUACCCUCAUCAACGAUUAGAAAAAGCAUUAGUUAUCUUGACCACGUCUUGGUCAUUCUAUUAACAGCGAAAAGAUAAUAUGAAUAGUUGUUGCCCGCAAACCUUCAAAUGGAAAAUGAUCCCACGGCAACACAAAAUCUGUUAAACUAAAAACUAUCUGUGUACCAAGUUUCGUCUAAAUCCGUUCAGUGGUUUUUGCGUGAAAGAGGAACAAACAUCCCUACAAACAAACUUUCGCGUUUAUUACUUCGCGGAUACUACUUGCCUAUGUCUUUCAUAAAAUUAGAUAUCUUGCACUACAUGUACCUUUGUGGCAAAUACAGAUUGUCGUUUAGUAUAAAUUAUGACUUAUGAACAGUUAAAAUCAUCAGAAGGUUCUAUUUAAUUUCAUGAAAGUAAAUUUAAAUUGUGAUUGACUGAUGAUAAUUGAUAUCUGUAUAUUUGACAAUACAUACUUUUUUUGCCUGGAAUUAUAUCACAAUUUAUGCCUUUGUUUUUGAAAAGCUGUGUUGUAACGUAAAAAAUGAUUAUGAUCUGUAAAACCAAAUUUAUUACUGUUUAUCGGUUUUUCUUUAGAUAAGCCAGUCAUAGUCUACUCUACUUUGUUUAGGUAUUUAAAGUAAACAAUCUUGGAGAGUCUUUUUUGUCAAAAAACUCAGUUGAAAAAGUCGCUACCGAAUACCUAUGUCAAACAAUAAUAAAGAUUGCUGACUCAAAUAUACCACAGAAAUAUAUCAGUCGUUUAUUUAUUUAAGAUGUUUUUGUAUGAGAAGACACCAAGAUUGUUUAUCUUUAAAUACAAACAAUACACAUAUUUGGCUGCAGGUUAAAUUGCUCAGCUAUUUAAAAACCAAGGUGUCGUGUAUAAAUAACUGGUACUGAUAAUAUCCUCAUAUCAAAACGAA